AUGGAAAUAGAAAUUGAGUGUUCCAAAACAGACAUUCCAGAAGACAACUAUAGUAAUUGUAUCAUUACCGAGUCUAAUAUCAAAUAUAACAAUAUGAAGUUUGAAGAUUUUUUUAAAAACUUUAUGAUAAGGAAUCAUCCUUGCUUAAUAAGAAAUGUAACCAGUGAUUGGCAAUGUGCCAAAAAAUGGGUAGAAAAUGAUCAUAUUAAUUAUAACUAUAUCAAAUCAGCUUAUGGUGAUCUUGAAGCACCUGUUGCAGACUGUAAUGCUUUAAAAUACAACUCUCAUUGUAAAAAUGACAUGAAUGUAUCAGAUUACAUGGAAUAUUUAAAAGAUCCAAAGUGUAAUAAACUUUUAUAUUUAAAAGAUUGGCAUUUGAGGCAGCAUAAACCAGAGGACAACUUUUAUAAAACACCCCAAAAUUUUGCCUUGGACUGGCUUAAUGAGUAUGCCGUUGAUAAUGAGCAAGAUGACUUUAUGUUUGUGUAUAUAGGACCAGAAGGCUCUUGGACACCAUUGCAUGAAGAUGUGUACUGUUCAUACAGCUGGUCAGUGAAUGUAGUUGGCAGAAAAAAAUGGAUUCUUUUUCCUCCUGGAGAGCAAAACAAAUUUAAAGAUACUCUUGGCAAUCUUCCUUUGAUGUUUGAACCAGAAAAAUAUAAAAACAUUAAAUACUUUGAAAUUAUACAAGAAAAGGGAGAUGCUUUAUUUGUACCAUCCGGCUGGCAUCAUCAAGUGAUCAAUGAAAUGCAUACUAUCUCAGUGAAUCAUAACUGGAUUAAUGCUUGUAAUAUACACAUUGUUUGGAAAGCCUUACAAAAUUCUUUGCUUAUGGUAGAACACCAAAUUAGAGAAUUUAAAGAUACACCUGAGUUUCCUUCACAAUGUCAACUAAUAUUAAAAUCUGUUUUUGGGAUGGAUUUUAAAGACUUUCUUACUCUUUUGUUUUAUAUAAGUAAAAAAAGGCUUAAACAAUUACAAGGCGACUCAAAAUUAGGCUUAGAUAAAUAUUCUCUCGGAAUUAAUAUCAUCAAAUUUGAAUUAAAACAUAUACUUAAAGUUAUGGAUUCAAUUAAUACACACCCAAUAUUAAUAAGUAAGAAUUUAUUACCCUCAAUACAGGAUGAUUUUACAGAAAUAAAGGACAACAUUUCACAAAUAUUGAAUUAA